ACUCGUUUCCACCCAAAUAAUCCAUUUGGAGGCUUUUCAUUACAGGACACACUCUCUCUCUCCAAUGGACCUAAGAUGAACAUUCUCCGACCUCCGACGUCAUCAUCGUCGUUUCCACCUUACCCAAACUCCGUUUCGUUAACCCCUCCAGUGGUUUUUACUCUCACCCACAACUCCAUAAACCUCUGCUCGACCAAUCCCCUAUUCAACGCCGCUGGUCGAUCCACGCGCCGCCAGAUUUUCCAACGGUCCGCCUCCGACACUGCUAGUAGCUCCGCUGGAGACCUCUCGUCGUUCUUGGGGUCUCCCUCAGAGGCGUAUUCAACACACAACGACCAAGAGCUCUUGUUUCUCCUCCGCAAUAGAAGAACCGAUGAAGCUUGGGCUAAGUAUGUUCAAUCCACUCAUCUCCCUGGACCAACUUGUCUUAGCCGUUUAGUUUCUCAAUUAUCUUAUCAAUCCAAACCCGAGAGCCUCACGCGCGCACAGUCUAUCCUCACGCGCCUCCGCAAUGAACGCCAGCUUCAUCGCCUUGACGCCAAUUCCCUCGGCCUCCUCGCCAUGGCUGCAGCCAAGUCUGGUCAAACCCUUUACGCCGUCUCCGUCAUCAAGUCAAUGCUCCGCUCUGGUUACUUACCUCACGUUAAAGCGUGGACAGCUGCAGUAGCUAGUCUCUCUGCUGCCGGAGAUGACGGACCGGAAGAAUCUAUCAAGUUAUUCACCGCUAUUACGCGACGAGUCAAACGUUUUGGUGACCAAUCUUUGGUUGCUCAAUCUAGGCCUGACACGGCGGCGUUUAACGCAGUGCUUAACGCUUGUGCUAAUCUUGGUGACACUGAGAAGUACUGGAAGCUGUUCUACGAAAUGGCUGAGUGGGAUUGUGAGCCUGAUGUCUUGACGUACAAUGUUAUGAUCAAGUUGUGUGCCAGGGUCGAUAGGAAGGAACUCAUUGUUUUUGUUUUGGAAAGGAUUAUUGACAAGGGGAUUAAGGUUUGUAUGACUACAAUGCAUUCCCUUGUUGCUGCUUAUGUUGGGUUUGGUGAUUUGAGGACUGCUGAGAGAAUUGUUCAAGCGAUGAGGGAGAAAAGGAGAGAUCUCUGUAAGGUUCUACGAGAGUGCAAUGCAGAGGAUUUGAAGGAGAAAGAAGAGGAAGAAGCUGAAGAUGAUGAAGAUGCGUUUGAGGAUGAUGAAGAUUCAGGUUUUUCGGCUGGGGAUGGGGUAAGUAGUGAAGAGGGGUUUGAGGAUGUGUUCAAGAAAUUGCUACCUAACUCAGUUGAUCCGAGCAGUGACCCGCCAUUGUUGCCUAAAGUCUUUGUACCAGACUCUAGGAUUUACACGACGUUGAUGAAAGGUUAUAUGAAGAGUGGGCGUGUGGCAGACACAGCUAGAAUGCUCGAGGCAAUGAGGCGUCAAGAUGAUAGAAAUAGCCACCCAGAUGAAGUUACAUACACCACGGUUGUGUCAGCUUUUGUAAAAGCUGGGUUGAUGGACAGAGCACGACAGGUUUUAGCCGAGAUGGCUCGGAUGGGAGUUCCUGCAAAUAGGAUUACUUAUAAUGUUCUGCUCAAAGGAUAUUGUAAGCAGUUGCAGAUAGACAGGGCAGAGGAUUUACUAAGAGAGAUGGCUGAAGAUGCAGGAGUCGAGCCGGACGUGGUUUCCUAUAACAUCAUAAUAGAUGGAUGCAUUCUUAUAGAUGAUAGCGCAGGAGCUCUUGCAUUUUUCAAUGAAAUGAGAACGAGAGGGAUUGCACCAACUAAGAUUAGCUACACAACUUUGAUGAAGGCUUUUGCAAUGUCAGGGCAACCAAAGUUGGCAAAUAGGGUGUUUGAUGAGAUGAUGAAUGAUCCAAGGGUCAAAGUUGAUCUUAUCGCAUGGAACAUGUUGGUUGAAGGGUAUUGCAGGCUAGGUUUGAUCGAAGAUGCUCAGAGAGUAGUUUCAAGAAUGAAAGAAAACGGGUUUUACCCAAAUGUGUCUACCUAUGGGAGCCUAGCCAAUGGUGUUUCUCUGGCGAGGAAACCUGGUGAGGCACUCUUGCUUUGGAAGGAGAUAAAGGAAAGGUGUGAGGUCAAAAAGAAUGAAGCCUUAUCAGAUUCUUCUUCAAAUUCUUCUCCUCCGAUGCUGAAACCGGAUGAAGGGUUGUUAGAUACGCUAGCAGAUAUAUGUGUCAGGGCUGCAUUUUUCAAGAAGGCAUUGGAGAUAAUCGCAUGUAUGGAGGAGAAUGGGAUACCUCCGAAUAAGACUAAGUACAAGAAGAUUUAUGUGGAGAUGCACUCGAGGAUGUUCACUAGCAAACAUGCUUCACAAGCCAGAAUAGAUAGGCGGGUAGAACGAAAGAGAGCGGCUGAAGCUUUCAAGUUUUGGCUCGGUUUACCUAAUUCUUAUUAUGGAAGUGAAUGGAAGUUAGGUCCAAGAGAAGACUAGAUCAUUAUAUUGAUCAGGCUGCUCUCUUAUACAACAAUGUAUACUAGGUUCUACCGUAGAUAUAAGUCCAGUAGGUGAGUGAAGAACAACAUAAACACUAAACCCAAGUCCAUGUGAUAAUACUAAGGAGUUUCUUGCAUUGUGUAAUAUACAAUUGACUGUUUUGAUAAUCAGGUUCAUAAUUAGAUUUGAACAGUACAA